UCUGCUGGGUUUGUUUGUCAGUAUAUUUUUUCCAGUCUCAGUUACAAUUAACAAUACAAUGGACUCAACAUUACUACCAAUUUCUCGUGAACAGUGGCCAGCGUUGAGAGAUUUAUAUGCCAGCGAUCGAACAAAUCUCACGGGUUUCGAUCUAAUAAACUACUUUAUAAAUUAUAAGCCCUCAUCCGGUAAUGACUCAAUAAAGAUUUAUACAGCUGAUAAGGACUGGAUCACUCAUGGCAGCUAUAUACUUAUUCAUCAAUUGGAAAGCAAGGCCUAUAUUUACCUCGAUACCGUUUGUGGCUCCCUAGAGGAUCUAGGUUCAUUGUUGUGUUCUCUUGACCUGAAAGUAUUUCACUUGAUUUGUGGCUAUGAAGAACGUCUAAAGCCACUAGUUGAGCAAUAUUGGUUACAUUUGGGUCAGGACUUGGAUGAACUAGAGCAUCAGGGCACUAUAGUUUAUCACCUUUCGAAAUCUAAAAUACCACUUUGGAAACCAAGCUUAAGUACCUCAAUUAAAGUUGGUUGUCUAAGUGCAAGUCAUGCGGCCUUGGUAGAUCAACACUGGGCUUAUCGGUCAACCGAUUCAUUGCCUUUGAUAAGGGGGUUUAUAGAGAACGGCGCUACUUCUGGUGUUUUGGAUACCAUUGGAGAACCCUUGGCAUGGUGUCUUAGAUCUCCCCAUGGCAGCCUGAGCAACUUGCAUGUUUUGCCCUCCCAUCGUCGGCAAGGAUUGGGAUCUUUGGCUGUGCGCUUUAUGGCUCACGAAAUUAAGGCCACGGGCUCUGAAGUUCUGGCUACAGUUGUUUUCGAAAACAAAAGCUCCCAAAAAAUGUUUGAGAAAUUGGAUUUUAAGCCCAUCAAUAAACUGUACUGGGCUGUGGUUCCAUCUUUUUAUUAAAUAAUAAAAAGGGGUCAAGUGUGUUGAUUGUAAUUAUUAACCGAAAAAGUUUUUUUAAGCCUCUACCAGUCUUCUAGCUGUUACAUACUUUCCAACGAAUACAAUAAACGCUUUUAAUCUACGAUUAACGGAUACCAGUUAUUUGCAUAGAAAUGUAAAAACUUGUGUAUUAUAUAAUCUCAUUCUCUACUAUACAAAAAAUAAAGACGUAAUCAACGAUAAUUUCACACGGAA